AUGGCGACUGGUGAAGGACUUGACGUGCUAGAGGUUUGCGCGGCCGACGCGAAGCGCGUUGCCAUUGUCUUCAGAAAACUGUGCAAUAGCCGCGACGACUGUAAUUUCACAAUACAGCCGGUCAACUCUAAUAAGUCUUUCAUAAAGAUUUUCCACCGCGACGCAGGUGCUCGGACUGCGUUCGCAGAACGGAUCCUCAACUUCCUCCGGGAAUUCAACAACCUCGGGUCGGGGAAGGCCGAACCGAACAUGUCCAAAGAUCAUACAUUUCACCCAUAUAUCGAUGAUUCGAGCAUGCGAGUCACGAGAGAACCCAUUGGCUCGAUCUACUCCCCGGGGCUGAGGCGCGACGAUGUUCCCGAGAAAGGAGGGGAAACGAAACGAGUCUUGAACGGCGGGAAUAGUGCCGACGUGUGGAGUCUUUCAGGAUCUUCGGAAGGGGAUAAUUUGAUCCGCAAAGAGGAUAAUCCGAACGGUGUCGUAGCAACCCUGCUCCCCGGAGGGGAGACAUCCAUCCGGAGCCAAGCAGUGUCGCUUGGGAACGUAGAUCCCUCUUCCCAAAGCUUUGGAUUCUCAAACCACGGAAAGCAGACACCGAGACAGAGCGGAGAGAUCCCACUCCAGAGCGAGGAGAAUUCAUUCCAGGGCUCGAAGUCCUCAAACCAGGGCGCAGACACGUCAAUCGAAGAAGAUUGCCACGCUCCCGGAACAGGGGGGACCUUUGCCCACGAAGCAGAAACCAUCUCUAUCGACGGGGAGGCCUUAGUCCGGGAGUUGGGAACUUCGAUCUUUGGGGAAAGGUCCGCGCUCCAAGAAGGGGAGACCUUGCCUCAGGAAGGACCCGGCUCUACUCAGGAUGAGCAGACCUCAUCUCGGGAACGAGACCCCUCAUUCGACGAAGAAGACGUCUCACCCCAGGGGGCAGAUAUCUCACCCAACGAAGCGGAAACUUCACUCCAGGAGGGAGAGUCCUCACCGGAGGAGUGCGGAGAUCUCACUCGGGAGAGGGUUCUCGAAGGAGCCGCGGCACGGAGUUCUCCUCAUGUCUCUGAACACUCGUUCACGUCAGACGUGUUUGAAUGUGCUAUACUCAAGGAGAACAUCGAAGAACCGGAGAAGCCUUUCAAAGAUAUAAUGCUGUUGCGACCAUACGCUGCUCAAUUUCUGCAUCGAGAAAAUGUGACGAGAGGAACGGCUCUCCAAAACGCUGUGUGGCCUCAUCUCUUCGCGGGAAAGUCGAUGGCUAUAAUCGGUCCCCGUGGUUACGGUAAAACCUUCGCGUAUUUGCCUGUCGCCUUGAGCAUGUGUCUCAAGAACGUAGCCGUCGUUCUCACGGCCACCGACGGCCGUCUCGCGAAGUUGGUGACGGCGGUCAGCUACCACCACCUUUCGAUAGAAAUCUCGCGUCCACCGUCGAAAAUUCGAAACGCAUCGAAACAACUUCUGAUCUGCAGCUUGUGUUGGUUCUGGAGAAAUCGAAAGGAUUUCACUCCCUCCGUAGUGAUCUUCGAUCGACUGGACCGCAUGGUGGAAAGCUCUCUCGACGUAACGUGCCUAGAGUUGGCGGACAGUUUGAGCAACGUACCCUUGAUAGCGACCGCCAGAAGAGUUACCACCCAGGUCGAGCAGACGUUAGAGCUAAUGAACAUAACCUCGUCUGCCAUGGUGCCCUGCGAACGUAUCCCACGCCGCUGCCAGGAAUACUUGGUUUCGAUCGAUGAUGUACCGGAUCGAGUCCGGUACUCGGCCCUGCUAUCUACCUUAAGGCAAGAGAGCCGGGACGCGGUGAUUUUGAUAUUUUUCCACGAUGAAGCCGAAACCAACUCGAUGUACGACAAACUUGACGAUGAAGCUCACAGAGGCACCUUGCCGUUUAGCAGCUUCAACAAUCUGCAAGAAAAACUCGAGGACGAGCAAAUGAUGCUCAGAACUCAUCUUAACGACGGAAUUCCUGGAGUUUACCUGGCAUGCUUACAAGAUCACCGAUGGUUGUACACAACUAAUAGUGUCCACACCGUGAUCAACUACCGCCCCCCUGAUUGUGCUCAAGCGUAUCGGUACCGUAGAGAACGUCUUCGUCUCGACGGGAAGGUACUCACCAUCACUCGCGGAGUCGACCUGAACCAUUUUCCCGAGGAACUCUUCCAUAUUAUGUCGGGCUUGACCGGGUACGACGCUGUGACACCAUGCGUUGAAAACCUCCGGGUCGCAUUCGAGAAAGAGAGCGAGUUGAGAAAUCGCCUACGUUUCGUCCUACUUAGUUAACUAUUAUUGAGCGUGAUGUCAAUUUGUGCGCAUCACGGUUUCAUUCAAAUGUAUUGGUCAUGUAAUCAG